AAGUGACAACAUGUAGGGACUUGUGCGAGGUAUGGUAGAGGGGAAGGGAAUUCUGAGCAGAGAGAAACUGCUGGUGUUGUCGAGCACCUUGACGAACAGCAAGCUCAAAGUUGACUCUAAAAUUGCUCUUAAUUGCAGUAAUAAUUGAACGCAGAUGGUGACCCGUGUUGAAGAGGCACUGGCUUGGGCAGAGUCAGUCGAUAAACUUCUGCAGUGUAAAAAGGGCCAGAUGGUCUUUGGGGAGUUUCUGAAGACAGAAUACAGUGAGGAGAACAUCCUUUUCUGGCUGGCCUGUGAACAGUACAAGAAAGUCCAAUCCAUCUCCGAGAUGAGAGCCACAGCUAACAGGAUAUACUCAGAGUUUGUCCAAGUCGACGCUCCCAGACAGAUCAACAUCGAUUGCGGAACCAGAGAGGACAUAACCGAGUCUGUCUCCCAUCCGACCAGGGCUUCCUUCGACAGGGCGCAGCGGUUAAUCUACCGCCUGAUGGCGAAAGACUCCUACCCCCGUUUCCUCAAGUCGGACAUCUACCGGACUCUUCUGAAGCAGUCUGAGCGGAGAUGAAGACCCAGAGAGGACCCGUCGCCCACGCCGCCUCCUGGAGGAACACUCCUGGUCUGUGGACCCUCCAGUCUGCCAUCUCCCCAUUAGGGAUACCCAAGCGGGGAAACAGUAUACUUUAAUGGGAUUAAAAUGUAUUAAAUGAGAGCUGAAUACAUUUUUAUUCUAUUUAGAUUGUUCUUCAUAAUUGGAAAUGUACUUAAAAUUGACGUUAUUUUUCUGUAUUCACAUACUUAUUGACAUCUUGAAUAUAUUUCAGUAUGUUUGUAGUCACACUUUGCAAGUAUACUGCAAGUAUUAGUUAUUUCUGCUUGGGUACGUAUUGCUCAAGGGCAGAGUAUUUGACUUCAGAACAAGAGGUUGCAGGUUCAAACCACCCUGUUCAUCGCUUUGGACAAAAGCUAAAUGAACAUAAUCCUCAUAUCACUGUUGUUCAGCACACCUGAACUCUGGGUUUCGGCUCUGCAGGCUAGGACAGGGCACAAGCUCCUUUAUCAGGCUCAGUCGAUAAUCAGGAAAGAGCUGUCUCCUUGUUCCAGACAGCAGAUGGAAACCCUGUGAUGGAUCGAUUGGCAGUGCUAGGGUGAAUUUAGACCAAACGAUACAGAUAUUUACGGCAUCCUCACUGAACUAAACUACAUGUCUUUACUGCCUACCUAAUGUCUAAAACGAAGGCGACAAAUCGUCCAAAUGCAGAAUUUAUCAUUACAUUUCGGGGUGAUCCUACCGUCUAAGAAUCUGAGAAUCUUCUUAUUUCCUAUUCUAGGGUCAGUAGAAUGGUGAUUCGAAACAACCCAACACACUAUUCAACACAAUUUUGUGAGUUGUUGAGAGGUGGCGUGUUGUUUCACGCCGAAGUCUCCCACAGGCUCUGCUGUUGUGUUUUUUAUUUCCUAACCUGUGUGUUCCUGGCUUCCAUCAGUCACUGCAGGACCCCGCUGCAUGCUGGGAAGACUCUGCAGGCUGUCUUACACAGCCCUGUUUUUGAGUCACUGAACAAUAUUCAAAUAGCUUUUAGAAUAUCUUCCAGACAAAUCUCGUUUUAUUUGUUAAACGUGUUCAAUCAUUUCUUUACCAAGCUUUAUUUUCCAACGGACGGCUUAAUUGAUUGAAAAAAAUAAUGUGUCAUUAAACAUUCAUACUUUGUGGAAAACCACCGUUCAAAAUGCAGGGAUGGUCAAACCCUUUGAUACCAAGCUGUCUACAAAUGCUGUGGGGCAAAACAAAUAAAAACAUUGAUAAAUA